ACGAACAAAGGAAACCUCAGUCACGAGUGGCUGGCACGAGGCCCUACGUUUCGCCAAAAAUGGCCUCGCGCACCGAAGCACGCUUCAGCACCUACUCCGGCGCCCCUUCCCUCCAACCCUCUCUCGCGCCCACCUUCGAGACACAAAACACCUCCGCCCGCUCUCGCUCCCGCAUGAGCCAACGGACCUCCACCAUCAACGAAAGGAUGCCAUAUCGCAACACGGACCCAUCGGUCAAUGCCAGCAGCUCUACGCUCUCCACAACCGAUCCCCGAUCGCAAGACCUCAAAGCAUUCGCCGGCUUCUUGGACCGAAUGCAAGACGGUCGACUCGAUAAGCAACGGUACGAGAUGACCAGCAAUAAGAGCGAGGAGGUCAGUAAGCUCGCGCUGGGCGCCAAGGUGGAAAGGGCGCUCGCGAGACGGAUGACGGCGCAAGAUGCGCAGUUCACGAACAAGAAAGCAUUGGAUAUUGAGAAGAGGAGUCUAGAGGUCGAGGCGAACUAGCAGUCCGUGUGCCGUGUGCGGGCGGACGGGUGUUUGAUGGACAUGCUUGAUAUACUGAGGGAGGGACCGGCGGCGUCUGCUUGAGAAGGAUAAUUGUGGGCUCUUGGCGAGGCGGACAGCAUAACUGCAGUCAUGGCGUUCGGUGGGAGUUUCACGAAUACGCGAGUCACUUAUUAUGCGAUAUGGCUGCUCCUGAGCGUACAAGACUCAAUCUC